AUGGAAAUCUCAGGACGGCGAGUGAGAAGAUUCAGGAUGAGAUUCGGACGACACCGCCUCGCCGGCGAGAACGACGACGAUUCCGUCCUCCCUCUGCGACACAACGGGACCACGGAAAGCGAAGCCUCUUGUUGCUACUGCGAUCUCAAGAUCUCUAAGUUCAACGAACCCAUCUUCCGCCUCGGACGGCGAUUCUCCGGCGUGCUGAAAAUCUGGUUCUCAAUCGGACUCGGAUUCGGCGUCGCCUCUCUUCUCCUCGCCACCGUCUUCCUUCUUCUCCAAUUGCACCCAAACCCACUCUCCAACCGCCUCGCUGCCUCCUUGUUUGGAUUCUCUCCCUCCAUGCGUAUAUCAAUCUCCGGCAUUGUCUACGUAUUCGUUUCCACUGUGAUCACUGUUUCAGUUCAUGAACUUGGCCAUGCUCUUGCUGCUGCGAGUGAAGGGAUACAGAUGGAGUACAUUGCCGUUUUCAUUGCAGCUAUAUUUCCAGGAGGUCUUGUAGCUUUCGAUCACCAUCUCUUACAGUCACUUUCAAGCUUCAAUGCUCUUCGUAUCUACUGUGCUGGUAUUUGGCACAAUGCAGUGCUCUGUGCGUUCUGCGUCUUCGCUUUGUUUCUCUUGCCUGUGAUGUUGUCUCCGUUCUACAAACACGGUGAAAGCCUCUUGGUUGUGGAUGUGCCUUCUAAGUCGUCUUUGUUUGGUUACUUGUCACCUGGAGAUGUUAUCGUCUCCUUGGAUGGUAUACGAGUCAAUAAACCUAGCGAAUGGCUUGAGCUGGCAGCGAUUUUAGAUAAGCAAAGCAGUGAAACAACAUCAAAUGCUUCCUUGUAUCUUGGAGGUUCAAGGAGGUUUCAUCACGGGAAGGGAUACUGUGUCCCUAUCUCUCUGAUCGAAGAAGGGUUUCAGGGGAAAAUGGUUGAGAACCGAUAUGUUUGUCCUCCCGGUGAUCUCACUCCAUUUCUACCUAUGCCGUGCUCAAAUGCAGCUCCUAAGGAGGUUUCCGUUUGUUUGGAUGCAAGAGAUAUCGUCAAGCUAAACAAAUGCGGUGAUGGAUGGAUGUCAACAACAUCAGACGCUGAUGUUAAAAGUGACUGCGUAUGUUCACAGGGCGAGUCGUGUUUACAAGCAGUGCAAUCUCCGGGAGUGACAUGGACGGAGAUCACCUAUAAAAGAACCUCAUCACAGGAUUGUUCUAGGCUUGGUGUGGAUUUCAAUGGCUCUAAUUGUGUUGGGACGUUUGUUUUUGUUGGUGAUUUGAUUGCCAUGUCGAAUUCAGUUCAUUUGACAGCAUACCAACCUCGUUGGUUAUUUAACUUCUUCGGAAAAUCCUUACCGGAUGUCUUAGAGAGGAGCUUGACCUGCACAUUCCAUGUCUCUCUUGCACUAGUUCUUCUCAACAGCUUGCCGGUGUAUUACCUUGAUGGUGAAUCCAUAUUAGAGUCGAGUCUUCAGUCUUUGACUUGGUUAAGCCAAAGAAAGAAGAAGAAAGCUCUUCAGGUUUGCCUUGUUGGAGGGAGUCUCCUCUCUCUCCUUGCCUUCUUCAGAAUGUUCCUCUUUGGUUUACCUCUGAGCCGAUAG